GGCUUUUUGGCUUUGCUAAUAGAGGAACCAAGAAAUGUCCCCUGUGAAAGGAGAAGUGUGUCAUUGUCGUGGCCCCUGGUCACACACACCCCACCUCCGUCCCCAGUCGAGUGUCCAUUCUCUGUAAAGCCACAAACAUUCCAAGACUGGACUUCUGCUGAAUCAUCUCAAAUUCUUGGAACUCCACUGGUCUAGGGAAGGAUGGAGGGGGAGGUGACAGGAGGCGGGCAGGAUCCCCACAGAGGUUAAAUAGGUCACCUCCACGCUUGGCUCUCCGCCUUGUCACCACAGAGCAGAGGGACCCACUCCUGGACUCCAGCACCAUGACUCCACUGAAGAUGCUGUUCCUGGUCGCCCUCCUCCUGGGGGCUUCUCUGCAGGUCACCCACGCAGCGCGAGCCACCAACGUGGGCCGGGAGUGCUGUCUGGAGUACUUCAAGGGAGUCAUCCCCCUCAGGAGGCUGAUCACCUGGUACAGGACCUCCCCGGAGUGCCCCAAGGAUGCCAUCGUCUUUAGAACUAUCCUGGGCAGGUCCGUCUGUUCAGACCCCAAGGACACGAAGGUGAUGAAGGCAAUCAGAUACUUAGAAAGCAGCACGAAGUCCCAGGGCCUCAUCAUCCAGGAGUCCUGAUUUCCCCUGGACCGUUUGCAGACUUCUGGCCUCAGUGUUCACUGCCCCGACCCCAAGCUGCCUGUGUCCAGUGGAAGCCCUACGAGGACAAAGAGGACCCCUGUCCCCUUUUCUAAACUGGAACCGUGGCCUGAAAAGGCCCAGAUUAAAGUCUCUUCCUUAGUCUGA